GCUGUGAAAGCUGCCCGCUCAGUGUGUGGCUUCAGCAGUAAGAUUGAGGUGGAGUGCCACUCCGCUGAAGAGGGCAGAGAGGCGGCUGGAGCAGGAGCAAACAUUGUUAUGCUGGAUAAUAUACAACCUCAGGAGCUCCAUGUUGCAGCUCGAGCACUGAAGGAGAAGUUCCCAACUCUACUGAUAGAAGCGAGUGGAGGAGUGACUCCAGAGAACAUUGCUAUGUAUUUCUCCCCACAUGUGGACAUCAUUUCCCUGGGCUGUAUAACACAGGGCUGCCCUGUUGUUGACUUCUCUCUCAAGGUUCAAAAGCCUGUUAGUCACUCAAGCCUACAAGAACGAUGACCAUGACAGAUUGUAUGUACAGACA